AUGCUACCCCAACCAUCCCUACUAGACCAACAUUCGAAAAAGCCCUCACUCUAUCAUCAGUACCAGCAUAAUCCUCAUACUACCAAUUGCUUGCCUUCAAUAGAUCAAAUGAGCCAGUCACCAAUGGCCCCAACAAUGUCAUCCGACAGCUACUUCCGAAAUACGUUGAAAAAUAAUCAUAAUGGAGGAUCUCCAAGCUUCUCAUUACCCCCGUUGAUAUUACCUCCGAUAACUCGGGAGAGUUCGUACAAUAAUUCAGAUUUUUCAAAACAACAACAUCCCGGAACACUCAAGUUGCCCAGCAUGAAUGAAACCUUACCGGAACUAAACUAUUUGAUUUCUCAAUCACCAAACAAUAACUCACUAGCAUCAAAUAUCAGCAUGCUUACCUCAAACAUGAUUUCCACCAUCCCACAUCAACCAUCAAGAGGGUCAUAUUUCCAAAUUCCUAAUCAUACAUCAUCAGGAGCCAAUAUCACCAGUGGGUCUUCUUCUCCUUCAUCCAACAGUACCACGUCGCUACCAAUGUCAAGAUCAUCAACCCUAAGUACAGCGUCGUUGCCAACAACAGCUCUUCUGAAUUUGACACAACCUUCCGACUCGCCAAAUUCGCCCAACGCAACCCAGGUGUUUGAUCCUACAAUGGAGGUUCCACAAACCUCAGCGGCUCUGAAAACUAGAAAAAGAAAGAAGCGCCCUUGUCCUAUUUGUAACAAGCUUGUAUCUAAUCUAGCAACCCACAAAUCAACCCACAUUUCUCAAGAUGAAAAACCUCAUGUUUGCAGUACUUGUGGGCGUGGAUUUAGUAGACUUAAUGAUUUAGGACGGCACGAAAGAAGACAUUUGAAGUUGGAAUUCGAAACCGGGAAUUCCAAUGCCACCGAUGCUGAAAGCGAUGAAUCGUUAUCGGCUUGUCAUCAUUCAUCAUCUACUGCGAAAUGCACAAUCUUCAAAUGUCCAUAUUGGUCAUCCUCUAAUAAACCAUCAAAUCCUCGUCAACCUUCGCCACAUUGUCAUGCUACCGGGCUCUUUUCUCGUUGUGACACAUUCAAAAAUCAUCUAAAGGCCCUUCAUUUCCAAUAUCCUCCAGGGACUCUCAAAAGAGACCGUGCAAGAGUGGGAGGAAUAUGUAAAGGCUGCAAUACUCAUUGGCCAAGCGUGGACCAAUGGCUAGAUAACCAUGUGUUGUGUGAAGAAAGUGGGUGUAAAGGUAAAGCUGAUGCUGGCUUCAUUGUGAAAGUAUAG